AUGCUCUCCACAUGCUGCAGGCGACUGCCCAUACCGGUGGUGCAUCUGAGGGUUCCACCGGUCUACAAAUCAUGUCGCAUAUCUGCCCACCGAACUUUCUCAUUCACAACUUCACGACUAACAACGUCAUCAUCCAAUGGUAAGAAAUGGCUCUUCCCAGCACUAGCCUCCUUUUCCGCCACACUCGGUGGCGCAACAUAUCUACUUUCCAACACCAACACCUGCACUCUCCGUCUUGAUAACGGGGGGUCUGAGUCUCAGUCUGAACAUGGACGUGUCCCCCUACGCGAUAGGUUCGCUGCAGGUGCCAAAAGACUUCAACCAAAGACCGCUGAGGAAACCCAUGCUCUAGAAGACCGCAUAAAACAACGCGAAGAGGAACUCGCCCGACAUGCAAGAACCUUCCAGCGUUCGCUCGACGCUGAAGAAAAGCAGAGACAAGAACAGAUAAAGUCUGAGCGGAAGACGCUUUGGGGCCAAUUGGCUGAGUACAUACCGAUAUCAUCUGGUAAUAUUUCAGUCGAUUUCACCGCUUCUUUAAACUGGCUUCCCGAUUGGGCGUCUGACAUCCCCGCUUGGUGGAAUAAAAUCCAACGAGAGAUAAAUAUGGAACCAGGAACCCUUGCUGCUGAAGUUUGGGAAGAGGCUAGUAAUCCAGAGGUAAAUCCUGAAGUACUCUGGGACGCCCGUGUUCGGGUUUCCGAUCAGCUCUGCGAUGAAGAACUUGCGUAUCGCCAGAAUCGCAAGAAACAUGUCAAAAAGGCUCUGGCAAAAUAUCUAGAAAUACCAGAAUGGACUAUUCAUGAAGACGAUAUUCCGACUAUUGCCAUUACUGGUUCAGGCGGUGGCCUAAGAGCCAUGGUCGCCGGAGCAGGUUCUUUGGGUGCUUGCAAAGACGCCGGUCUCUUCGACUGUACGACCUACCUGGUUGGUGUAUCCGGCUCCUGCUGGCUACUAACACUAUACUACAGUAUCGGACAUCGAUCUUUCAGAAAUGUGGUGGAACACCUAAAACACCGUAUUGACACCCAUAUCGCAUACCCUCCGGCAGUCAUGGAUUUGAUUUCUUCGGCGCCGACGAACAAAUAUUUACUCCGCGGUUUGAUCGAGAAAAAAGGCUUUGGCUACGCCUCAUUCGGGUUGGUGGAUGUCUACGGAUUGCUACUUGCAGCUCGGCUCUUGGUCCCUAAGAAUGAAGUGAUGGUCCAUGAUGAAGAUAUGAAGCUCUCGUCUCAACGUAGAUAUGUAGAUAACGGCGAACAGCCGCUAUCUAUAUACACUGCUGUCCGUCAUGAGAUUCCAGGUCUUGGGGGUGAUGGAGAGAAACCUACAGAAUUACCGUCGGAUAAGAGUAUAUCAGCCGAGGAAGCGAAACAGAAGGCAAAGGAUGAGGCUUGGUUUGAAUGGGCCGAGAUGACGUGUUACGAAUUUUUCAUGGAGGAACUAGGCGCCGGAAUUCCAACCUACGCCCUAGGCCGCAAGUUUCAUAAUGGAUACAACCUCACCCGAAAUCCCGAGAUGAAGAUCCCAACACUUCUGGGAAUGUGGGGCUCAGCGUUUUGCGCUACUUUGUCACAUUAUUACGCUGAAGUCCGUCCUAUGUUUGCUAGUUUUAUCCUGUUUAAAGAGCUAGAUAAACUAGUUCGGGAUAGGAACGAUGAUUUAGUUAAGGUCCAUCCCAUCGAACCUGCUGCUGUGCCAAACUAUGUCCUUGGAAUGAGGGAUCGAUUGCCAAACUCCGUAGCAGAGAGUAUCCACAAGACGGAAGAAAUUCAACUAAUGGAUGCCGGAAUGUCUAAUAACCUGGCUACUUACCCACUUCUCCGACCAGGGCGAGAUGUGGAUAUCGUCAUCGCCUUUGACUCCUCGGCCGAUAUCAAGAUUUCAAAUUGGAUCUCUCUAACAGAAGGUUAUGCUAAGCAACGUGGGAUCCGCGGAUGGCCAGUUGGUAUCGGUUGGCCGCGAGAGGGGGGUGAAAACGCUGAGGCUGAACUAUCGAAGGCGAUGGAGAGCCAGUCCCAUGAAGAUUCUGAAAAGAAACUCAAGGAAGCGCAAGAACAAGAUCCAGCACCAGCUACCGAUGCCGAAGAACGACAGAGGCGCAAGGAACAUAAGGGAUUAGGAUAUCUUACGGUCUGGGUGGGAACUAAAGAGGAAAGAGAGACGGAUAAAGAACCACCAUCGAGCAAAGCUGUUGAAGAGGAUUGGGAGCUCACGAAACCUGAAGCCGGAAUUACGAUUGCAUAUUUUCCAUUGAUUCCUAAUGAGAAGGUCCCCGGUGUUGAUCCGGAGACUAGUCCAUGGAUGAGCACAUGGAAUUUUGAAUAUACGGAGGAAGAAGUUGAUAAAACUGUUGGAUUAGCUCGAGCAAACUUUGAGGAAGGAGCGGAGAGGAUGAAGAGUGUUAUCAAAGCGGUUUAUGAGAGGAAGAAGAGGUUGAGAAUGGAAAGGGAGAGGUCGGAAAGGGAGAAAUGGACUGCUGGGGCUGAGCAUAUGUCGUGA